AUGGCGCCCGGCGCAGAGGACGCGGCCGCCGGCGGCGGGGCCUCGCCCGACGGCGAGGGCAGCAGGGCACCCUCGAAGUCGAGGCUCCCCAGCCGCUACAAGAAGCACCAGCACCGCGCCACGGCUGCCGCGCGCCGCGAGGCCAGGGGGCCGCGAGGCCAGGGCGGGCGACCCCACGACGCCGAGGACGGCGAGGGCGGUGCCGGCGCCCACUGGUCCAAAGUUGCAAGGCUGCCGCUUCGCCCACCAGGUGCAGAGGGUGGCCACACGACCACGCGGCACUCGUCGAGUUGCAGUUCGAGGCGCCCGUUUGGGGAUGACCUGCAGGGUGCCCGCUCGGACGAGGACGGGGUGCCGCAGCGGCCCAGCCAGCCGCCAUCGGCGCCGCCGCAGCAGUGGCCGCCAUCCGACGCAAAGUACGCGGCCGCCCGCCUCAGCAGGCAGCUCGCGGGGCACUUCUCGAACCGUAGCUCGAGGCGUCCGUCCAGGGACGACCCAGAGGUCGCCCUCUCGGACCACGGCCGGGUGCUGCAGAGGCGCAGCCAGCCGUCUGCGGGCCACGAGGCGCCGUGGCCGUCAGGCGACGCAGAGGGCACGGCCGCCCGCGGCAGCGGGCAGUCCGCGGGGCAUUCCUCCUCGAGCUCGGGGCGCGCCCGCUCGGAUCACGAUGGGGCGCCGCAGCGGCGCGGGUCCAUCGAGCUUGAGCUUGGGGGCAGCUCGGGGCGCCCUUUUGUGGAAGACCUAGGGCAUCGCGCGCCCGCGCGGACGAGGGCCCCGCGCCGCAGGGGCGCAGCCAGCCGCCCGCCGGCCCCUCGAGCUGCAGCUCGGGGCGCUCGUCUGCGGACGGCCCGGGGUACGCCCGCGCGGAGGGGGGCGCGCCGCAGGGGCACAGCCUGCCGCUCGUGGCGGCAGCGGCGUGGCCGCCAGGCUGCUCGGCCGCCGGCGACAGCAGCGGUGUGCAGGGGCAGCAGGGCCGCUGGCUGCCCGGCAGGCAAGCGGCGGGCAGCCGCGGCCGCAGCGAGGGCAGCGGCGCGGGCAGCAGAAGCAGCAGGAGCGGCAGCGGCGGCAGCGGCGGGCGGGCGGCGCCUGUCGCAGCCGCGACGGCGGGCCAGCCGCGGGCUGUCGCGCCGCCGGACGGUGGGGGGGCCAGAAGCCGCUCCGCCAGCGGGCGCAGCUCUGACAGCAGGCGGAGCGACGGGCAGGCCCUCGCCCGCUUCUUCGGCGCGCACGGCCAGGUGCGCGGGCUGCUCCUGGGCGAGGAGGACCGGCGAGGGGCGGCAUGCUCCACGCGCGCGCCCUGUCCCUGGGGAGGGAGGAGAAGAAGGUCCUCCAGAGGAAGCUCGACGGGCUGACCGACGAGCAGCUCGACAGGGUCAUCGAGUUCCUCGGGCCGGACGGGGCCGGGGGCGAGGACGACCAUGGCGACAUUGUCGUAAACCUGGACCAGAUGUCCGCCGAGCGGCAGGACGCCUUGACCCGGUUCGUGGAUGCCGAGCUAGAGAUGGCCGAGGCCGACGACGCCGAGGCCCCAGCGUCGGCGAGGGAGUCGGAGCGCAUCAACGCCCGCAUGGCGUCGGCGAGGGAGGUCGCCGAGCUGGACGGGCUCAGCGCGCUCCUCCGCGCGGCCGCUCCCCCGCUGCGGGCUUCGCUCCCCCACGCGGCCGAGCAGGGGGUCCUGCAGGGGUCGGCGGCGACCGGCGAGGGCGCCCUGACUGUGCAGCUGGCCGAGCUGGACGGGCUCAGCGCGCUCCCCCGCGCGGCCGCUCCUCCCUCGCGGGCGCGGCUCCCCCACGCGGCCGAGCCGCCGCCUCCGGAGGAGGGCCAGCAGGGAGCGGCGGCGGCCGGCGGCGGUGGCGCUCUGAGUGCCCGCAGCCGGGAGAUCGCCGAGCUGGAAGGGCUCAGGGCGGAACUGCAGAUGGUCUACCAGGAGGCGCAGUUCCUGGACCUGCUGGAGGAGACGUCCAUGGUGUUCUCCCCCUCGAGAAGCAGGGCGAUGUCCCCCUCGAAGGGCGAGGCCUUGUCCCCGGUCGCCACGACCCAGGCCCCCGCCACGCCGGGCGCCAGCAGGCUGGCGUGGUCGGCCUCUGCAGCGCAGUCGCCGCACACGGGGACGGCCUCGGCCUCCGCGCGACGCCGCGCCUCGCCCUGCGGCCGGCGGGGCCUCGCGGUGGCCCUGUUCCAGGCGCUCGACGUGCGCGGCGCGGGCCGGCUGCUUCCGGGCCAGCUGCGCCCCUACGCGGAGAUGUGCGGCUUCGUGGGCGACGAGGAGGACUGGGCCGAGGAGUGCCAGGCGCUCUUCGCGGAGAAUGGCUGGGCGUGCGCGGGGGGCCCGGACGCUCGGCAGUUUGCGCGGUGGGCGAACGACGCGGAGGAGGGCAUCAGGUGCGGGGACGAGGAGGUGCGGGCGAUGCUGGCCGCGCUCGCCGACCGCGCGCUCACCGCCCCGCUGCCUCUGGUCGCGCGCGCGUGGCGCACGCACCGCAGCAGGCCGUGCCUCGCGAACGCUCUCUUCCGCGCGCUGGACGCCCGCUGUCUCGGGUCGCUAGGCUCUCUCGAGCUGAGGCGCUACGCCGAGCUCUGGGGCUUCGACGGCGACGACCGCCAGUGGAGCCGCGACUUCGAGGCCGUCUGCCAGGAGCGCGGCUGGGAGCCGCGGGGCGGGGUGACCCGGUCGCAGUUCGCCCGCCUGCUCAGCGACCAGGGGCGCUUCGGCCCCCCCCGCUGCAGCGACGAGCGGCUCGAGGAGCUGGUGACCGCGCUGCGUGCCGGGCGGCGGCCGCCCGCGGCCCGCCCGGGGUCGUGCCUUUGGCGCAGCCGCGCAGGCGGGCUCUGAAGACGCCCCUCUGCGCGCGGCGCCGAGGGCGGGCCGCGCUGGGCGCCGCGGCUGGGCGCCGCGGCCGGGGGCGGCUGGGGGGGUUUGCGCAGGCCCUCGUGAGAGUGCUGGCAGCCCAGAAGAGUGACGCCCACGGCAUUUGCUCGGACGGAGCCCGGGCCGUUCUCGAAUUCGAGCUCUCGCCCUACAUGCAGUCAAGACGCCGAGUCUGCGAGGUCGGCACGGGCCGGAAGUUCACACCGGGCUGCCUGCUGGGCGCCGGCCCAGAGAUCAAGUUGGUAGCGGAGCGGGCUCUGCCAUCCGUGGCACCCCCUUUCACCAGCACAGUCAUGAGCCACAAGGGAUUUCAGUACGGACCGAAGGGCAAAGGGCACCUCCACAAUGGCGACGCUUGGGAGUUCUUCCAACGCCGGCGCAGCAACCGCGCCCAUCUGGCUCAGGUCCAGCUCAGGACGCAGCGCCGCCGCCUCUACGCCCUCGAGAGGAUGCCGUCCUUCAACGCCCUGUGUUUGGAGAGCGUGGAACCCGCCAAGCUGAGCUCGCCGCGGCCGCUGAGCGACCCAGUGCCGCUCACUGGAGCGUCGAGGUCCUGGAACGACCCCUUGCCCGUCGAGAAUGGCCGACAGGCCGAGGCGGGCGGCCCCCACGCAGGGGCCACCGCCCCGUGCGAGUGGCUGCGCCGGUCGCUGCUGGAGGAGCGGGCCGCCGUGGCCAGGGAUCUGCUCGCCAGGCACGCCGCGCUGGUGGCCGGGCUGUGCGCGCCGGCAGCCGGCGGGCCUCCCAGGCUGGCCUGGUCCGUGGCCGAGGCCGCCCAGGGCGGCGCCACCUCGCGCGCGCACCUCAGGGAGGCGCGGGCCGCGUCGUGGGACCCAGAGCAGGGCGGCGGCGGCACGCCCGGCUGCGCGCACGUGGUCGGGGGAGGCGGGGCAGACCAUCGCCUGGCUGGAGAGCCUGGAGGGGGUGCCGCCGCCAGCACCUCUCGGCAUCGCGGCAGGGCGCUGCGGAGCACCGCCGGCUCGUCGGAGCAGCGCGCCCACAACAGGUCGGAGAGAGCCUCUGAGGCAUCUGGCCGCGGCUCGAUGCGCUGGAGCGAUGUGCUGGAUACCGCGAAUCAGAAGACGUGGUUCGCAAAGCACACCGCCUCUUCCAACUGA